AAUAUGAUCAUUGUGGAGUAAGUUUGUGUUGAAAAGAAAGCAUUUCCUGAUUUUGCAAUCGUAGUGUAUAAUUCGUGGUUAGCAUAUUCUCCACUCCACUGGUGGAGCUCUUCUCGGUGUCUGCCAUUAGAGUCGACGGUGAGUUGUUUUCUUUAUAUGUAUAUAUGUGUGGUUUCGAUGGUAUGCUAAAUUUGUAGUCGCUCUGAUUUCGCUGCAUAUAAUGAAAUCCAUGUAAUAGAGUGAUUCCUGAUCACACAAGUAGUAAGUAGUAGUAUUUGGGAAAUUGAAUUGAUGAUGGAUAAUGAGGUGUUAGAAUUUGAUAUUGGGUUGGGCGGAGUAGGCGAGGGAGAAUAUGACGAUGAUGGAGGGGACAUCGAACACCCAAUGGAUGAAGAUGAAUUGGGCGAUAGCAGUGGAGGUGGAGGUGGUGGUGGUGGUGGUGUAACCGCUGGAAUAUAUCUUCCGGAGGGGGACCUCUCAGAUCUGGAACCCUGCGAGGGCAUGGAAUUCGAGUCUGAAGAGGCUGCCAAGGCCUUCUACAAUUCCUACGCCCGUCGUGUUGGGUUUAGUACACGUGUCAGCUCAUCCCGUCGUUCGAGGCGCGAUGGAGCUAUCAUACAGAGGCAAUUUGUUUGCGCAAAGGAGGGUUUUCGCAACUUGAAUGAGAAGCGCACGAAGGAUAGAGAGAUCAAGCGUCCCCGAACAAUUACCAGAGUCGGAUGUAAGGCGUCUUUGUCUGUGAAAAUGCAGGACUCUGGGAAGUGGGUGGUGUCUGGCUUUGUUAGAGAACAUAAUCACGAACUGGUUCCCCCGGACCAGGUGCAUUGCCUUCGCUCUCACAGGCAAAUAUCGGGAGCUGCCAAGACCCUCAUUGAUACCUUGCAGGCUGCUGGGAUGGGUCCUCGUAGAAUUAUGUCAGCACUGAUUAAAGAGUAUGGUGGGAUUAGCAAAGUCGGCUUCACAGAGGUCGACUGUAGGAACUACAUGAGAAAUAAUAGGCAGAGAAGUUUAGAAGGGGACAUUCAACUUGUUCUCGAUUAUUUGAGACAAAUGCACGCCGAAAACCCAAAUUUUUUCUAUGCUGUGCAAGGGGAUGAGGAUCAGUCCAUAAACAAUGUUUUCUGGGCUGAUCCCAAGGCAAGGAUGAAUUACACAUUUUUUGGUGACACUGUAACUUUUGACACUACAUACCGAUCUAAUAGGUAUCGCUUACCAUUUGCUCCCUUUACUGGUGUAAAUCAUCAUGGACAGCCUGUUCUUUUUGGUUGUGCCUUCCUAAUUAAUGAAUCUGAAGCAUCAUUUGUUUGGCUUUUCAAAACAUGGCUUAUGGCCAUGUCUGGACGUCCACCAGUGUCCAUAACAACUGAUCAUGAUUCUGUAAUUCGUUCAGCCAUAAUACAAGUCUUCCCCGAGACCCGACACCGCUUCUGCAAGUGGCAUAUCUUUAAAAAAUGCCAGGAGAAGUUAUCCCAUAUUUUCCUCAAAUAUCCAAAUUUUGAAGCUGAAUUUCACAAAUGUGUUAACUUGACUGAGUCAAUUGAGGAAUUUGAGUCUUGCUGGUCAACACUGGUAGAUAAAUAUGAUCUCAGGGAUCAUGAAUGGCUUCAAGCAAUAUAUUCUUCUUGCAGGCAUUGGGUACCUGUAUAUUUGCGAGACACAUUCUUUGCAGAAAUGUCCAUCACUCAGCGAAGUGAUAGCAUGAACUCUUACUUUGAUGGGUAUAUAAAUGCUUCAACCAAUUUAAAUCAGUUCUUUAAGCUUUAUGAGAAAGCACUUGAAAGUCGCAAUGAGAAGGAAGUGAGAGCUGAUUAUGACACAAUGAAUACUUUGCCAGUAUUGAGGACCCCAUCUCCAAUGGAGAAGCAAGCAUCUGAGCUUUACACGAGAAAAAUUUUCAUGAGGUUCCAGGAGGAGUUAGUUGGUACACUAACAUUCAUGGCAUCCAAAGCUGAUGAUGAUGGGGAGGUCAUUACAUAUAAUGUAGCUAAAUUUGGAGAGGAACAUAAAGGGUACUAUGUUAAAUUUAAUGUUUUGGAGAUGAAAGCAACUUGUAGUUGCCAAAUGUUUGAGUUUUCAGGCCUUCUUUGCAGACAUGUUCUGGCAGUCUUUAGAGUUACCAAUGUGCUUACUCUCCCAUCUCACUAUAUAUUGAAACGUUGGACAAGAAAUGCAAAGAGCAAUGUAAUAUUAGAAGACCAUUCUUGUGAUGUAUAUACUUACUAUUUGGAAUCUCAUACAGUUAGAUAUAACACCCUUCGACACGAGGCCUUUAAAUUUGUUGAUGAAGGUGCACAGUCUACUGAAACUUACGAUGUUGCCAUGGAUGCUUUACAAGAAGCUGCAAGAAGAGUUUCUCAGGCAAUGCAAAAUGAGGGAAGAAUUCCUAUCAGCAAUGGAAAAUUAAGGAGUCAUGUGAUGAAUGAUGAAAGUCAUGCUAAUUACACAAGUGCAUGCCAAGAAGAAUGCUUGAGCCAACAUACAUCUAAGGAUGAUUUGGAUACAAAUAUUAGAAAGCUUCUGAAUGAACUUGAGUGUGCAAAUCGGAAGUGCGAAAUUUAUCGGUCCAACCUGCUUUCAGUUUUGAAAGCUGUUGAGGAUCACAAGUUAGAGUUAUCUGUUAAGGUGGAAAAUAUCAAAAUAAGCAUGAAAGAUGGCAUCUAAGACUGGAGAAUUAACGUUGACCAUGAGCUGUAACUUUAACCAAAGGAGGUAUUUGAUAAAGGUUAAUUUUAUAUACCAAUAAUCAUGAUCGCUGAAAAUCAUAAAUUUCAAGAUUCACAUAAGAAUCAUGGAUCUUGUUACUCAUGAUUUAUCGGGAUAACUAAAAUCUAUGAGUUAAUCAUAGACAUUCAUGAUAAUAUUUAUACACGUUUCCUUGUAGGUAAGAUUCACAUGAAUAAAACAUUUUCCUAUUCUAAAUAUAUACAAUUUUUCAUAAAUA